UUAUAAACAUAAAAUCUAUUUUAUCUGGUGGUUAUUAUCACAGUUUAUUUUUGUGUUUGCGUUCUGUGUUUAUUUUAUAUUUGUUACGAGUUGAAUAAGAGCUCAUUUUAAUGGAUCAAGAGAUUAAUGCGGAGGCGGUUGAACUCCCUGAACCUAAAUUCAACUUCUUACCAUGCAUGGCUCCAGGAAUUUCUGUGCUUGCAUCUAGUAAGAUUGAAGAGCCCAAAAACGAACCAAAAUUAUUGAUGUCCAUCCAGGCUAAACCGCAAAAGGUAUUCCAUUGCGAAAAACAGACGGAUUCCACACACCAAGGAUCGUUGACUCUCGAGGAAGGGGUGGAGGAAUCACUUGGCGAAAGUCUUGUGGAACUCAAAGGAGUUUCCGAAGAAGUUAGCGGCUUGAGGCUACGUGUAAAUCGGAUUAAUCGCCUACUUGGCACCAAUAUACCGGACUGUCCAACUAUCGAUCUCUGCGAAAGCGAACAACUAUUUUUGACGAAGCCCGAAGAGGUCCAUCCCGAGAUCCUUCAAAUGCAGAUUGCAAGUAAAAAACUUGCUCAUCAACUGAUUCAGCUGCAACUGGCCCAAAAAGCAGCAGAUAAGGCCAUCCGAAUUGUACGGAGCGAUCACUGCAGGAAUAAGAAAUUAGAUAUACAUUUACAGAGAAAAAUUCAGGAGCUUAACUCCUUUAGGCUGACAUUCGAGAAAUACCAAGGACUAUGCCUGCAACGAUUUAGAUUCCUAGAAGAAGACAAAUACUGUGGCAGGGAAUUUGGAAAAUAUAUUAACAAAACGGCGGAGUUGGUCAAAAAUAACAGUAAUAAACUGGUGAUUAGGAAUGAGUAUGAGCCUUUAAGGAAAGAUGCCCUUAAAGUGAUAGAUAAUUUAAAGAGGGCGUCGGAGAACUUAAGGAACUAUUUGUCCGACGAGAUAACAAACAAAAAACAGGAACUUUUCCAGAUCGUAUAAAAUUGCAGUGUAUUUAUAUGGUAACGGCUAUAAAUAAACCUACAAAAGCCCUUAA